AUAUAAAUCGAAAAAACGCCGUAAGUCCCAUCUUUCUCCUUCAUCUCGCAGCUCUGUCAUUUCCGGUUUCGCACCGUAUUCAGGUUCACUUACUAAGGCAUAUGCUGCAAUUGCAACAUUGAAGUAAUCUGAAUUCCGUCUUAAGCUAUUCACAGAUUUUGGCAUCAGUUUUUUCUGGAAAAAGGUAUUGUGCCUUCCUUUGCAUUCUAACCUGUUCAAGGGUUUGUGAUCGACCAAAGUAAAGUGAGACAAUGCAAGCUCUGUUGCUGAGGCAUAGGCUUUCCAAUUCCAACACCAAGUCUCUUUUCAGACUUUCAUCCUAUUUUCAUUCUUCCUCUUGUUCUCCGCGACCAUUCAUUCCGUCACCACCUUCUGCUUCCUCCAUCGCUACCAACUUGUUCACCUCUCCAUGGUCUGCCUCUCAAUGUCGCGGAAUCAAAGUAUCUGGUUCUGAUAUUAAAGUCGGAAAUAUCAUUGGAAAACAAGGGCACUUUUACGAGGUUCUUAAAGUAGAUCACUCUCAUGAAGGAAGAGGAAAAGCCACAAUCAAGGUAGAACUUCGUGACAUUGACCAGGGAAACAAGGUAACACAAAGAAUGGGUACCGAUGAGGAUGUUGAAAGGGUCUACGUUCAGGAAAAGACUUUCAUGUUUAUGUGCAUGGAUAGUGAUGGAACUGUUGUAUUGAUGGACCCUGACACAUUGGAUCAAAUUGAAGUUUCCAAGGACUUGUUCAACAAGGAUUGCUUAUAUCUACGAGAUGAAAUGAAAGUUAAGGUACAUUUUUAUGACGACAAACCUUUAUCUGCAUCAGUUCCAAAACGCGUAACAUGUAUUGUCAAGGAAGCCAUUGCAGCCACUUCGAGGAAUAAAAAGGUAGUACUGGACAAUGGCCUUACAGUUGAAGUACCAUCUCACAUUGUAGCUGGUGAUGCCAUAGUUGUUAGUACAGAGCAUGAUUCCUAUAUAGAAAGGGCCAAAGCAUAGUGUGACUUGAGCCAGGAUUUGAGCAGAGACAACCAAUAUCUAAUUGUCACGAGUUUUGAAGCAGAAUUGACCUAUUUAUUCUGCCUCCUAGCCCUCCUCAUUCUUUCACUUGAUAAUAAGUGAGUUUUGAUUUUUUAAUUGAUGGCUUUUUCUGUAUCUGCUAGCAAUGAGUUUGGACGUUCUAACUUCUAAGGGUAUCUUUGUCUUUGUCUUUGUGCACACAUGAGUCAUGACUACUUGUUUAGUUUAUGCACAACGAAAGAAGCAAAGACAAAAAUCUUGAUUGUUGAAAUUUUAGAUGAUAAAAAAUCACUUGGACAGUUAUGAAUAACAUUCAAUUCAUCUAUUGGUGGGACAUAUGUGGAGUAAAGUAAUGGAUUGAAAAUAAAUGUUCG